AUGUCUAUGGGCGCUCCUACAGCCUCAAAGAAGCCUCAGCGCAGCCUCCAUGUACUCGCACAUAAUACAAACGUCAUUGAGAUCUACGGACUAUUGGAGAAAGACCACAAACAGAUCACAUUCUACAAUAGUGGCAUCGGGACAUACGCAAGGCCAGCCUAUAAGUCAUUCGCCUACUACAAGCAUAAGGUUGGGCAAGUGAUGGAGCUCGCGAUUGCCUGGAACUUCGUCGACACCAUCAUCCUCGCCUACAAGUGGCUCGCGGAGAAUUACUGUUUCUCUCGUGGAGCAUACCAAGUUCGCUGCCUAUCCGCCAUGAUCAAGCACGUGGGCUUGAUUCAUCGUGGCAAUGAAGCACAGAUACCAUUUGCCUACGAGCUUUACUCUACCAUUGGAAAGCACGGGAAUUCUGAAGAGAUAACCAAACGCUUCAGAAACGAGUUCUCCCGAGUUGCUCACGUCCAUUUUGUCGGUGCAUGGGACACUGUGUCGUCUAUUGGAUUGUCCAGAAGGAAGGUUGAACCAGACACGACAACAGGGAUGAAGCAUGUCUGCUACUUCCGACAUGCGCUAGCCCUGGAUGAGAAGCGAGUGAAGUUUCUUCCUGAAUAUGCCAACGGCGGCAAGGAACUACAGGAAGACCACGACAAGAAUGUCGCACGAGAUGACCCACCACACACGAAGGAGGUCUGGUUUCCGGGAACUCACUCGGAUAUUGGUGGGUGGCGAACGAUAGAACAGGAUAUUAAACAUACCGCGGGUCCAAUGCGGUGGAUGUCAUACGAAGCGACUGCCCUUGGUCUACGCACAAUGUCAAUAGUAAAGAAGAAAGAAUUGGAUGCGGGGCUAACUGCUAGAGCGAAUAUGAAUCCAGAACCGGCCGAGGCCAAACAACCGGAGGACCGAAAGAAGCAGCCACUGGACCGGGAUGAGCAUAACCCGAGAGACCCUCAGGCGGACGUGACCGUCACCGAGUCGCUGACGGGUCUUUGGUGGACCCUUGAAUACCUGCCUGUGAAGCACGUAUCCUACGACUGGCAAAAACUGAUUCGAUGGCCUCACCUUGGCCGAGCACGAUACAUCCUUUCGGGACAAAAAGUCCACAGUUCAAUCACGAGCGCCACAACUUGUCAUGGUGGACAUAUCACCUACAAAAUCACGACCUCCCUUGACCGCCUAGAAGGAACAGUUGCCACAGAGAUGCAGAAAAUUUGGGAGCACCCACCUCAGCUCGCAGACUCCCCGCUGCCGGAUUGGGUGGAGCCAGACCUCAUUUCACUUGCGUCACAGCUAGUAACCAUGCUUUGGGACCCGAAUCAACAGAACAGGCGAGAGUCCGGCCUGGAAAAUCGCUUUCGGACUUUGUAUUUCUCUCCGGAUGGUCCUCACGCAGUUCUCGAACACAUUGUGACCUCCACUCUAGAGUCAUUAGCGACAAUAACAACAGCAUAUGCACACAAGGAACUCGUUCUCUUUGCACUGCGGAGCUUCAUGAGUGGGUUUCAAGAUCCCGAACAUAAUUUGGCCUGGCGGGAUUUAUACGGCCGUCACUCAUCCGAAAUCUAUGCUCUUGCGAAGAAACUGCUUUCGGAGGGUAAUCAGGAUGAUUACAAGACAUCUAUGAACUUCCUCCGCUCUUCUCUUGUGCUUGGACACGAGCGCGAUGAUGCAGGAAUUGGAAAGCUCUGUGUAGCUGUCUCACCUCAUGGAAACUAUUUCGCCAUCGGCUCUGACAAACACCUUCUUCACAUCAUCGAUACGGAGUCAAAAAAGGAUAAUUCUGUGCGGCCGCCGAAGAAUCAUGCAGGCGAUGUCACAGCAGUCUCAUUCUCACCAGACGAGAGAUUCGUCGCUUCUGGAUCCACCGACCAGACAGUGAGGAUCUGGGAUACUCUCAACAAUAAGCAUGUCUUCGGACCCAUGAAAGGUCAUACUGGCAUGGUCGCGGCUAUAGCCUUCUCUCCGAACGGUCGUUCCAUCGCUUCCGGGUCCUACGAUACCACCAUUCGACUUUGGAAUGUAGCCACCGGAAAGGAAGAGCGAGAGCCGCUGUGCUACCACACACAUCCGGUCCUCAGCGUCGCUUUCUCAAGCGGCGAAGCGGAUAGCAUGCUCGCAUCGGGCUCGUCAAACGGAACCAUAUGUCUCUGGGCAAUCCAGACCGGGAAUACUAUAUUCCAUCCCUUCGAAGGACACAAAGACGGAGUCGUCUCGCUCUGCUUCUCACCUGACGACACUUACAUCGUUUCCGGCUCUCGUGACAAUACCGUCAGACUUUGGGAUAUAGAGAGUGGAAAGGCCAUCGGAGAGCCGCUGAUAGGCCACACCGCGACUGUUUCCGCCGUCGAUGUAUCCCCCGACGGGCUCCAGAUAUUAUCGUGCUCCUACGACCGCACACUUCGCGUUUGGGAUUUGGAGAAGAGAACCAUGAUCCAGUGCUUUGACCAAGAUCAUGGAGAUUGGGUUGGUGCUGCCGUCUUCUUACCAGGAGGGAACUACAUCGUCUCCGCGUCCCUCGAUGGAGCAUAUAUCUCGAGAGACGCGCAGACGGGAGCUGUCAGAGCUCAACCUUUCCUGGGUCAUUCAGGCGCCGUCCUUUCCGUUCGCUUUUCAACGAAAGGGGACCGCAUCAUAUCUGGCUCGGAAGAUGGUACCUUUCGGAUAUGGGAUAUGGCCACAGGAAAGGUGUUGCUUCAGCCCAAACGACACAAGGGCAUUGUGUCUCGUGUUGGCUUCUCCCCCGACGAUACAUAUGUCCUUUCAGCCGGCUCAGAUCGGACGAUUCAUCUCUGGGACGUAACAAGCGACAUCAAACAUCGCCAACACCUUCGCGGCCACACUGGCUCUGUCAUUGCUGCUGCGUUCUCCCGCAAGAAGAACAUUAUCGUAUCUGGCUCUGGAGACGGUACGAUCCGGAUAUGGCUCCUUUCCACGCAACCUAUCUCAUGCGUUGGUAUCCUCGUCGAUGCCGGCAGAGUGAUAUCCAUCGACAUUUCCUCCGAUGGAAAGACUAUCGUCUCCGUUUCAGCAGAUUCACGUAUUCGCCUCUGGGAAACGGAGUCCCGGAAACCUUUGAUGAAGCCAUUCAAAAGCGGUGGCGGACAGGUUUGUUCGGUGAAGUUUUCCCCAGACGGACAGUAUGUCAUAUCGGGAGGGAGUAAUGGGAUGAUUCACGUCUGGGAUGCGAGAAGCGGGAAGCUGCACGGGGAACCUCUCCAAGGACACGCCGGUUCUAUUCUAUCGGUGUGCUAUUCGCCUACCGACCGAAACAUCGUCGCCUCCUGCUCCGAGGACAGAACGAUCAUAAUAUGGAAUAUCGCCGAGACAAGGCUGGUGCAUCAUCUCAGAGGCCAUACAGACGUGGUUCAUUCAGUGGCAUUUUCACCGGGCGGAGAGCGCUCCCCAUACACAGCGUAA